CGCAGCGGCUGCACCGGCGCCGCCUCGGAGCACGGGCGCUGCAGGACGGAGUCCGAAACCAGCAGGCAGCGGCGCGGACGGAGGCGGGAGCUCGAGUCCAGUCCGGCCCAGCAAGAUCCGCGGCAGGUAGCGGCUCCGCGCGCUUGCGCUUGUGCAGAGCAGAAACCACUCUCUCGUGACCUUUUAUUAGGAAGAGACACCUACAGUGUGACCUAUGCCAGUGCCACCGCCACCGCCGCCUCCUUUGCCUCCGCCUCCUCCACCCCUGGCGGCCCCUCCUCCUCCAUCGGCACCCCCGGUUAGCACAGACACUUCCAGGUUGAGAAAGGCAGAUCCAAAAGGUCGGAGUGCGCUGUUGGCUGAUAUCCAGCAAGGAACUCGCCUGCGAAAAGUCACCCAGAUCAAUGACCGCAGCGCCCCACAAAUCGAGAGCUCCAAGGGAACCAACAAAGAGGGCGGAGGCCCUGUGAACUCCCGAGGAGGAAGCACACCCCCAGCCCUGGGAGAUCUCUUUGCUGGUGGCUUCCCUGUAUUGCGACCAACAGGCCAGAGGGAUGCUACAGGUGGCAAAGCAGGGCAAGGCCCUGGCUCGCGCGCGCCGUCUCCCAGGCUGCCCACCAAAACGCUGGGCGGUGCGCUGAACCCGCCUGCGUCUCCCAGGCUGGGCACCGCGCCCGAGGGCGCCGGAGCCCCGCGCACAGUCCCUCCGCGACCCAGCGUGCCCGCCCCGCCUCCGCCGCCCCCGCCCCUGCCUCCACCUCUGCCCCCACCUCUGCCCCCUUCAUCCCCGAGCAAAGCCCCGCUGGUGUCCCCGUCCGGCCUGCCCACCAAAGGGAGCCCCAUUGUGGCAGCGCCCCCUGUCCCCUGCACGCCUCCGCCCCCUCCUCCCACCCCUCCCCCGCUACCCCCUGCACCCCCACUCAGUGACAAGGCAGUGAGGCCCCCACUGGCCCCCUUGCACCUGCCGCCCGUCCCACCCCCGCUGCCGCUCCUCCCGCCCUGUGGGUAUCCUGGGCUCAACUCGGAGAGCGCCAGCCCCGCCCAGGAAGUGCGGGAGCCCCCGACCCCGCCGCCCCCUCCACCACCCCCACCCCCUCCACUGCCCCCCUUCGCCGCGUGCUCCCCCAGGGCACCUGCGCCCCCGGUUCCGGGCGCUAACAGCAACACCGAGGCCCCUCCCCCGCUUCCCCCCAAGUCCCCCAGCUUCCAGGCCCUGCCGCAGAAGCCCGGCGUGCAAGCCUUGCCCGCGCCACCGGGCCCUCCAGGGUCGCAGCCCCUAGUGCAGAAGAAGCGGAUUGGCCGAGGCCCAGGGACCAGUGGAGGAAAACUAAAUCCACCUCCAGCACCCCCUGCAAGGUCCCCCACCACAGAGCUUUCCAGCAAGACCCAGCAGGCCCCAGCCUGGACCCCACCCCCACAGCCUGGAGGCCAGCUACGAAACGGAAGCCUGCACAUCAUCGACGACUUCGAGUCUAAGUUCACGUUCCAUUCUGUGGAAGACUUUCCCCCUCCAGAUGAGUACAAACCAUGCCAGAAGAUUUACCCCAGCAAGAUCCCCAGAAGCCGUACUCCUGGUCCCUGGCUCCAGGCUGAGGCAUCAGGGCAGAGCUCCGAUGACAUCAAAGGCAGAAAUUCUCAGUUAGCCCUAAAGACUGUCCGGUGAGAAGACGGUGAAGCCAUGGUCCUGGGGCUCCAUAUGGCAAGAUGGUACCUCCUGAAGAAAGAGUCUGACUCUACUGUACUCAAGCUACAUGCAGUUGACAUACAGGCUCUGACAGAGCACUUAUUUAUUGUAAAUAUGUGAUUUGCACGGGCUUUAAAGCAGCAUUUUAGUCGACUUUUAUUUGAGUAAUAUUUUUUAAAACACCAUUUCUCCUUUUUUAAAAAAAAAAAAUACAUCAUGGCAUUAGUCUGUACAAAUAGUGCCCUGUCACACCCCAUAGUGUCUAUUCUGUGACUGUAAAUAUGCUUGCAGGCUGGCCCUUCCUAGAUUUGAACCAUUUUUAAGCGUGUCCUUAGUUUGCAGGUAGUCCCAAAGCCAUAAGUAUCCACCAUGGCUUCUUAUUGGCAUGACUUUACAGUCUCAUUGCACCAACUGCAAAAUCAAACCAAAUAAUGCCUUAUAAUGAUGCAGCUCAGAGGAAGUAAUGUGUCCCCACACCCCGACAGUGCCGCGCAGCCUCCAGUGAGCGAGAUGCCACAUCUCGCUUCCGUUUUGCAGUACAGGGAUGUUUUUUUGCUGCCUAAUGUAAAUAUAUCACUAUGUCAAAGCAGGAGUGGGCUUGGCCCCCUCCUGAACCUUCCACAGGGCCCCUUUUGUAACUGAAUUAUUUUACAAGUAGCCAAUGCUCUUACUGUUUACAGUGUUCCUAGUGUCCGUGUCUCUGUCACUUUCCUCCUGUCCCUCCAGGAGGAUAAGGUCAACUAUAUGAAAUUUUGGUAUUUUAGUUUCCUGCAGGUUAAGUAAUACACAAAAUUCAUUGUUAUUGUAAACUACAAAUUCUGUCUCAGAGGUCUCCCUAACCUGUCCUCACCCUGAGCACAGGUCCAUGAAAAUUUGACAUGAAAAAGUAUAAAACAAAACAUCUUGUAAAAUGUGUAAACAUCUUGUAAAAUCUCAAGAAGUUGGCCCCAUGCCUGUGCUUUAGGACCCUGGGAACCAGCCAUCAGGCCAAACUGAGCUCCCUUCUAAGCCAAAGGAGAACACCUAAGACUAACAGUUUCCCCUGCCUUCUGGUGGGCACCCAGGAGCCAAGGAUGUGUGUGAAUUUCACUGCCCUGAACACAGAAGGCUCAGGCGCAGGUGGGACUGCCCCUCCCACUUUCUUUGAGCCAGCAAAUGUAGAAGUGUGUAUCUGCUUACUGCCUGACCCCAAACGCUGUCCAACCUUGAGAGAGAGGGCUGUAUUAGAGGAAAGAAAAAAAAAAAAAAGACAGAAGAAAACAAACUGAUCCCUGGGCUGUGCUCAGAAUAACAACAAAUUAAAGGAAAUUGGCAAGAAAGAGCAGUGGAAAAUGUUUGUUUUGGAGGGACCCACUUACACCUGUAGGGUAGCAGGUGCAGGCAAAGCCAUCCAGAUAUGAUGGAUAAGGAAAGAAGGUUUGGCCAGCAGGACUGCAGACACCUGCCUAUUGACUGCAACAAAGAUUAAGCUGGUAUCCUACAGCAGCGUUGUGCUUUCUGAAUCCAGACAAGCAUCCGAGAGCCAUGACAAAGUUCGUGUCUCUGCAGCAUGACUCAGGCCAAACUAUAGCAGUGAAAUCAAUGGGAAAGACACUUUGCAGACCUUUUGCAUUACUGAUGUGUUGUGAAAGGUUUUCAGAAGGUCAGAAUUUCUUUGAACAGUAUCCACUCUGCCUUCCUCCUAUCUGUGUAAAUAAUUAUAAAAGCUUUAAUUACCAUGAUGAAGGCCCUAGACAAAGGCAAGCCCACCUUCAGAGUAGACCACAUACCCUGAUGAAGUAUUAUUCCUACCUUCAUGUGCACUGCUGGUUCAGAAAUCAAAUAUCAAACUAGUCAAGGACAGAGGAAAGGAAUAAGCAGAAACCAAAAAUGGCAAAUAGGGGGAAAUCUCAGGAAUCUGGCAUCACAUCAUUCCUCAAGACCUGUCACUGAAUCCACAAUGCUCUGAUCUUGUGUGCUGGUGCACAAGUUCCCCGGGUAGUGUGCAGGUUGGACCCCAGACGGGAACUCGCAGGUAGAGGCCUCCCUGCUGUCCUCCCUGAUUCUCGCUGACUGCAGCCUGUGACUCCCGCAGUGUAUCUCCUGUAUUUUAUAUUUAUUGAUGUCUGCUCUGUAAAUUCAUUUCUUUAUACCUAAUAAACUUUAAUAAGGGGAAAUGCUUCCAUAAUUGUUUCCCUGUUUAAAAAAAAAUAAAUCUAUGGUCAUCAAUACUAA